AAACUGUCAUGUGUGUAUUUGUGUGCAAAGUUAUCCCUCUUUUUUAAAUCAGCUGUUUGUUGUUGGCAUUUAAUUUUUGUCAACACACAGUGACACACAGAGAGAGAAAAAAAAAACAGAAUCAUCCAGGCUUUCUAUUGGAUCCACAGUGUUCUAUAUUUUUUUUUAUUUAGCAAACAAAAUAGAAAUAAAAAAUAAUAACAAUUGUUUGGCGCCAAAUCUUGAUGAUUUUAUUUAUUUAUUUUUUUUGAUAAAGUUGUCAUAUAUUUUUAGCUAAUUAACAUAAAUAAUAAUUAAUAAAACAAUGAGUGUUGCUGCUAAUAAUAGUCAAAAUGGAGAAGAAGAAACUUAUCAAGAGGCAGCUAUUGAAAAAAUGUUAGAUAAUUUACCAGUUUUACGUCAAUUAUUUAAUGUACAUUUUAAAAUUGGUGAAGGUACAUUUAGUAAUGUUUAUUUAGCAACAAUGAAAUCAUCAAAAGAAAGUAAAAAAUUUGCAAUUAAACAUUUAAUACCAACUUAUCCAGAAAAUAGAAUUGCACGUGAACUUCAAUGUUUACAAGAAAUUGGUGGAGCUGAUAAUGUUGUUGGAAUUGAAUUUUGUGUUAGAAAUGAAGGCUCAGUUGCAUUUGUAAUGCCAUACAUGCGUCAUACAAAAUUCACAGAUUAUUUUUAUAAUAUGGAUAAUUUGGAGCUAAAAAAUUACAUGAGAGCACUGAUGAUAGCCCUGAGAAAAGUACAUUUAUUUAAUGUUCUUCAUCGUGAUGUUAAACCAAGUAAUUUUUUAUACGACAGACGCAAUAGAAAAUACUUACUUGUUGACUUUGGACUGGCUCAAAAUUGCAAUGACACUAAAGCAUUAGUCACGAAACAACAAGUUGAUGAUCAUCGUCAAAGAAAAAAAACUGAUGAAAACAAUCGUAAAUUGUCAACAGAAUCACUGAAUAAAAGUGAAAAUUUAAAUACAUGUAAUUGUUUUGGUAAACCAAGUGUAUGUUCAAUUUGUACUGUUAAGCCAUCACAAGUUGCAUCAAGAGCUGGUACUCCAGGCUACAGAGCUCCUGAAGUAUUAUUUAAAUAUAUUCAUCAAACAUCUGCAAUUGAUAUUUGGGCUAGUGGAAUAAUAAUGCUUUGUAUAAUGAGUGCAACAUUACCAUUUUUUCGUUGUCCUGAUGACUGCACUGCACUUGCUGAAAUAACAACUGUUUUUGGAACAACAAAAAUGACACAAUGUGCUAGAAAAUUAGGCAAAAAAUUUAUUACUAGUGAAACAUUACCAGGUAUUGAUCUAAAAACAUUAUGUCAAAAAUUAAGAUCAAGAAGCAAAAGUCCUCAAAAUGAUAAGACCCCAUUAGAAGAAAAUUAUUCAACAGAAGCAUAUGAUUUACUUACGAGACUAUUGGAUGUUGAUUUUAAAACACGAAUAACUGCUGAUGAAGCAUUGAAUCAUCCUUUUUUAAAAGUAUAAUUUUUUUUUUUAUAUAUAUAUUUUACAUUAAUUAACAAAAGAAAAAAGAGAUAAAAAAAAAACAAUCAUGAUGUAAACUUUAAACAAAAAAUUUAUUAUAUCAAUUUAUACAUUGAUUAAAAAUACAGAUUUAUAAUUAUUUUUUUUAAAAGUACAACAAUUGAUAUUUAAAUAAUACAAAUAAAAUGCAAAUGAUUUUUUAAAACAAAA